CUGGAAUUAUAGAAGGCAACAUAUGCCAUUCAAAACUGUGAUCACAGUUCUACAAGUAUUGUGACCUUACCCAGAUGUACUCAACUGAUUGUGCGUAUUAUCGUUGUGCAAUUAGAUUUUACUAGUUUUAAUAAAAUGAAUUAUGAUCAGAUAAAAUUGGAAAGUGUCUUAAAUAGCGUUUACAAUAAUAAAUUUAGUGUAAAUAAUGAUCUACGCCAGUUACUUCUAGAUUUUGUUAAAGAAGAAGCCUCAAAUGGGAAUCAUAAGUUUACAAAAAAUACCAGCAUCUUUUCCAACUGGAUAGAAAGUAUAGUGAAAUCAUGGAUAUCUAUAACACCAUCAACAAAUUCUAUGAUAUUUUUCAUAGACAUAAUUACUGAAUUCAGUUUGAAUGAAAUAAACUUUCUUCUCUUACAUCAAGAUGAAAUAAUAAUUAAAACUGUUGACAUGUUAAAACAAAUGAAUGUGACUAAAGAUGCUGAUCUAAUGCGAGCUUAUUUGAAGAUGCUAAACAGUUUCAUAUUCAAUGAAUAUUCUAACCAUUGGUUAGCCUCCUCAUUUAAUUUGUGGUGUAAUGUAUUUGAUACUAUAAAAACAGAAUUGGUGACAAAAGAAUUAGCCGAAUUUACUGCAAACUUUCGUGCCUACGUUAUUCAGCAAAACAAAUUACUUCUGAUAGAUUUUUCGAAUAUAAUAUUAAAACCAUUUAUAGAAUUAAAUGCAAAAAUAAACAGUGGCAAUUUGAAUGGAACAAAUGAAAAUGAAUUAUAUAAUGAAUUAAUGCCAACUAUAAAACUUCUAAAUGAAAGCUUUCAACAUAUCUUGUUACAAAAAGAAAACAAAACUUACUGGAAUGGAACUGGAAGUACAUUAAUCCCCUUCAACAAGUUGUUAAAUAAUUUGUUACUCGUUGUGAAUAAUAAGGAGCAUAUUCUCCAAUUGAGUAAAUUAUUGCUAUAUAUGAAAAUAUUCGAUCUGAAGAAUUACAAGUAUCACACAGAAUUUGUAACAAGUUUCAAAAAUAAAAUGGAAGAAAUUUUAAUAUUAAACAUAAAUAAAAAGUGCACCAAUAAUGUUCUGAAUAUAUUAUAUCAUUGCAUGUUAUUGUGGCACAAUAUAAACAAAAUUAUAGAGCUGUCAUCAUUGCAAAUGGACUAUCGAUUAGAUUUAAUUUUGAUAGCUAUUUCAAAUACUCCAACUUAUGUUGUCAUGUUUCAAGUUAUUGGAAGAAAUUUGGCCGCCAUGUGGUUAGAAGAUGAUAUUCGAGAAAUGAUAAGUGAUAAUGUGUUGAAAGCUAUGGAUAAGGAAACGAUAGAUCUUUUCUACAAAUUCAGAAAUUUAGUAAUGGAAGAAAUGUUCCUUACUCAGUUAGCGACUGAGUCAAUACAAUUAUGUUUAAAUGCGAGACAUUUUUGCACAAGAAUUGCUAUAACAUAUUUAUUUCAAAUGUUGGUGUAUAUCUUAGAAGACAUUGCACCCGAUAUAUUCAAAAAUAAUGGAUUCAAGUCGCCUUUUUAUGAUGAAUCAUAUAUCAGAGAUUCAUUAGAUGGGCUUACUAUUUUAAUUGAAGAAUUUGAUUUAUCUUGGAAAGACGGUGUAGAAACAAUAAAAGUUUUGAAGAUUGUUACAGAAUAUCUUAGUAAACUAAUAUUAUCUCCUGAGAUAAUUAGCAAAUGCUUGAAUCUGGCCAAACUAUGUAUCAAUAAGCAGAUGUGUCCUAAUUUAAUACUUUUAGUUGAUAGCGAAGAUUCACCUUUAAAUUCUCUAGGCCCUUUAGUUAAUACUCAUAUAUUAUCUGAAAAUAAUGAAAUAUCUAGAAGGGCGUUGGAAUUAUUACUGGCUAUAUCUGAGAAAGCCGUAUCUGAAUAUCCACAUUUUCGAAGUGUUAUUCAAAAUUCAAAUUUACAUGAAAAAAUUUUGGAUCUGUCAACAAGUUGUGAUGCUAGUGAAUUGAAAUUAAUAGCAUUGAAGUGUUUAAAAUACUUAGUGAAAAUAAAUGCAGUUUGGCGAACUAUGUCUUCCCAAAAAAUAUUAGAUCAAUUUAUAGACAAUCUUAAAAAUGAAAAAGUGAAGAAUUUGAGAGCUGAAUUAGUCUAUUUGAUAGUAUCAAUUUACGAUGAAGACUAUUUCACAGAAGAACAAAUGAAUGAAAUAUACAAUAUAAUGUCACAUCUUGGGGUAUAUGAUUAUGAGAUGAAAGUGAGAAUAAACAUUCUUCAUUUCUGGGAAAAAGUCAUUGACAAACUUUUAUGUGAACAAGGUAUGAUUGAUAAUGAAUUUCCAGAAGUUACUUUUUCAAAGGAUACUAGAAAAAUUAUUAUAUUAGAUGAUGGUGAAAUAUUAAAAAGAUUAAGGAAAAUAAUGUAUGAAUUAAGUGACAUAGGAUGUCUUUUUGUGUUAUCUAGAAUUUCUAUUAGUCGCAAAAAAGAAGAAAAAUAUAUAUGUUGGAGUGUAAUCAAUAGACUACUGGAAAUUUUAAAAAAAUAUAAUGUGGAAAUUGGUAAUAUAGAGCAAGAAAAGAGCCAAUACACUGAGAAGAAACUAUGUGGAAUGCACACAGAUCUUUAUCCAGAUACAGAAAUUGUUACUGUUCGACAUUUUUUGGCAAAUGUAAUGGAUUGUAAUUCAGAAGAUGUAAUAAAAGAACAAAAAGUAGUUCAUACUUUGGAUGAACUUUUGGAUAAAAUAAUCCUUAAACAUGAAGAUAUCAUUGGAUAAAUAGAAAUUAUAUAUUAUAAUUGUAAUUUGUUUAUUUGUAUAAUAAAUAUUUUAUUUAUUUA